CUUUCACACCUCCUCUCCCCCUUGAUGAGUUGGCGGCCUCUCAAAACACCAGACCCUGCAAACACACUCUUCCUCCUCCAUCUCUCUCUAAAAUUAAUGCAAAAACCCUUUCUUUUCAUGUGCUCUCUCGAUACCCGUUUAACGUGAUUGCACCGAUACGCUCCCUCUAAUAAUCAAUUCUUUAAGCCUACAUGCACAAUCCCACUUGAUCAAUCUCUAAACCCCUUCAUUCCUCUUCAUCACCACCAAAGCUAUUGACUUUUUCAACAAUUGUUGUGACAAAAAUGAAGAACAAUGAAGAACAAUCCCGAUCUCUGUUUGGUCUUUCUCUUUCUGAUCGACCAAAAUGGCAACAAUUUCUUAUUUGUUCUUCAGGGUUUUUCUUUGGGUAUCUUGUUAAUGGUGUUUGUGAGGAAUAUGUAUAUAAUCGUCUAAAAUUCAGUUAUGGCUGGUAUUUUACAUUCAUUCAAGGAUGGGUUUACAUCGCUUUGAUUUAUUUGCAAGGGUUCACCACCAAGCAAAUGGUGAACCCUUGGAAGACGUACGUCAAGCUCUCGGCUGUGCUCAUGGGUUCUCAUGGUCUCACCAAAGGCUCUUUGGCUUUCCUAAAUUAUCCUGCUCAACUCAUGUUUAAAUCCACAAAGGUUCUUCCUGUGAUGAUUAUGGGAGCGUUUAUUCCUGGGUUAAGACGAAAAUACCCUCCCCAUGAAUACGUCUCUGCGUUACUUUUGGUUGUAGGUUUGAUAAUAUUCACUCUCGCGGACGCAAAUACUUCACCGAAUUUUAGCAUUCUCGGAGUCGUGAUGGUUUCCGGUGCUCUGAUCAUGGAUUCAUUUCUUGGGAAUUUUCAAGAAGCUAUAUUUACCAUGAAUCCCGAUACAACUCAGAUGGAGAUGCUAUUUUGCUCAACUGUUGUGGGUUUGCCGUUUUUGAUUCCUCCAAUGCUUUUAACAGGGGAAUUAUUCAAAGCGUGGAGUUCUUGCUCGCAGCAUCCUUAUGUGUAUGGUGUCUUAGUCUUUGAAGCAAUGGCAACGUUUAUCGGUCAAGUCUCGGUUCUUUCCUUAAUUGCCAUAUUCGGGGCGGCCACCACCGCAAUGAUAACAACUGCCAGAAAGGCGGUUACUUUGCUGCUGUCUUACUUGAUCUUCACGAAGCCGUUAACAGAGCAACAUGGGACGGGUUUGAUUCUGAUAUCGAUGGGAAUCGUGUUGAAGAUGAUACCCGAGAACAAACCGACGCCAAGAAUGGUCCUGAAGACGAAAGAGUUGGCUUCCGUUAACAAUGAAAGUCGAAGAGACGAAGAGGAUGAAGAAAAGAGACCUUUGGUUUGAUUAUACUAUAUUAUUAUUAUUAUUUGGUAUUUACUUAUUUUUAUGUUUGGGUAAAGAAAGUGUAGGAAAUUUUAUUCAGUUUGCUGGCUUUAUACUUAGAGGUGGUUUGUGGGCAUGAACAAUAA